AUGAACGCGCUGGGUGACCGCUGUCGUUCUGUGAUUGUGCUCGUGAGCACCGCACUGCACAGGAGCCCAAUACUGCAUGAGGGAUGCGGGGAGCAUGUCGGCUGCGUCGUUGUCCCUUCCGAGCUCGCACCACCAGCAAAGAAUAUCGUCCAUCAUACGGAGCUCUUCUGCGAAGAGAACAACAUUGGCUACCGAGUCGUGACGGUGUCGGCAAAGGGAACAGAGAUUCGUGAGAUGAUGAGUGCCAUCACCACCGCGACAGACUGGCUUACUUAUCCACUCACACUCAUCGACUGCACUCCAGUGAUGGCCGAGGCGUGCGUUGCCUCCCUGCUGACUUGGCUUCACGGGGCGUGCCCUUACGCAUCCACCAGGAGGGAGAGCACGACAGAGGCGCCGUACACACUGGUAGCUGUUCUGGACGUAGCGCGACAGGAGUCGUGCCCACCGCCUAUUACUGCAAACUCCUCCGCGCGCGGCGAUGCACUUGCCUGGCUGCGACCAACGCCAAGCUACUACUCGGAGCUGCUGGAGUCAGCCGGUUCUUUAGCACACGGCUGCGUUGUCUAUCCAGUGCACAUGUACUCCCGCUACCCUGUUCUUCGGGACCGUGGGCUGCGGGGAAAGUGGGCUGACGGCGGUGCCACUGCGGCGGAGCCGCUGGCUGUGUGUGUAAAUAAGUGCACCCUGAGCGCGUUGCUUCGGGAGCUGGCCUUCAAGGCUGGGCAGCUACCCAAGUACGGUGCGUAG